GAUUUACGAGCUUAGAUAGCAAAAGGAGUUCGAAGAGUUCUCUUUCUUCCCAAAACCUCCGGAGAACAUGAAGUUCCUCCGUACUAUCUCCGCGAAUCGUCAGUCACUGCUCGGAGCCCUUGGCCAUCGUCAUUUUGCUGUUUCCGCCGAUAACUAUGCUAAGAGAAACUACGCUAACAAUGUGUCGGAAUACAACACCGUUAUUGGAUCUCUCACUUCUCAACGAAGGAUUUAUUUGCUGAGGGAUGUGUAUGAUGAUAUGAUGUUGGAUGGAGUGAAACCAGAGAAAGAUACAUUUCGCGCGCUGAUUGCUGGUAGCAUGAAGGGUGUUCGUUUGCAGGAUUGUUUCUUCUUCCGUGACCAAAUGAAAUCCAUGGGUUUGAUUCCUGAUGUUGUUUUGUACAAUCUCAUGAUCUCAACAUGUGGCAAGUGUAAGAACUCUGUUGAGGCAACACGGAUUUUUGAAGAAAUGAAGAAGCUUGAAGUAAAGCCUACCGCACAGACAUUUAUCUGUCUAAUUAAUGCAUGUGCAGCCGCUGGGCGAUUAGAUCAAGUAUAUGCUAUUAUUGGUGAUAUGACUGCUGCUGGUCUUGGUUUAAACAAAUUCUGCUAUGCGGGGCUUAUAGCUGCACAUAAGAACAAGACACCUUUAGCCAAGGACACGGCUGCCAAAAUUUUGGAGCUUGUUGAGCAAUCAAAAGGGUGGUCUUCACUAGAAGAGACAAGGGAGAGUGCUGAAAAUGUCAUGAUGGGUAUUUCUGAGGAAGAGUUGUACAAUAUCCCUACUGCUAACUAUAUUCACAGGAAGGCUGGUUUUGUUCAAAGGUUCUUCACAGUAUAUCACGUUGCCUUCGACGCUUGUGCGGACCUGAAGGAUGUCCAGGCAGUGGAUGCUCUUCAGGAGAUGCUUAAGAAGGAUAAUAGAAGGCCUGAUGUCUUUAUCUUGAUGCAAAUUAUGAGGUGUUACCUGAAUUCCGGAGACAUUGAUCGUGGGCACAAAGUCUUUGAAGAAUACAUGAGCUCAGGCAACCCGCCUAUACCAGAGCUUUACACCACGCUUGUAGAAGGUGCCAUGACUGGUUAUACGCCCAAGGGUAUAAAGAUCGCUCUAGACACACUGACGCAGAUGAGUUCUAGGGGUAUUAACCUGGUUGCCUCAACGGGUAAUGCCCUCCUCCUUGCAGCAUCUGGUGAAAAGAACGGGGGAUAUACGAUUGCUAAUAUGAUAUGGGAUCUGAUGCAAGCUCGUAAUAUAACUCCAUUUCUUCCUGCCGUUCAAGCAUAUUACAACGGUUUAAAGGAUCGAGAGAUUCCUGAAGACGAUCCAAGGCUGUUGGUGGUGUCACGUACUCUUGACAAUUUGCGCGUAAGAUUUGGAAGAAACUCUGGACAAUUUGGAGACAGAAGAUGAAAUUCUGAGGGUUUUUUCUUGAUAUUUUGUUGUACCUUAGGCCUAAGUUUUAGUAUCAAUUGAUUUUUAAUGGUUAUUUAUCGAGUAAUUUUGCAGCUUUGCUUGUUUUAAAUCAACUUUUACGUUGCAAAUAAAUGCGCAAAAUAGCGUUUGUUUGUUUUC